UUUAAAUGCGAAGCAUCAUCCACUGGCGAACCUGUUUUAAUCGUAGAAUGUCAAAAGAGUGACGAAGUCCGCGGAGUGAAAUGAUGUCAGUUAUUAAUGUCGCGUUUUGUAAAAUCUUAAUUCGCAUUUGAUCAAGUCGUGUUUGGGAAAAUCUGCUGUUUAGUGUGUGCGUCGUGUGCUGGGCCAGGCAUUUGUCCAGGCGGUGAUAUUUAAUGUGCUGGGUGUGUGCUGCAAAAUGUCGAAACAUGAUCGUGCUAAAUCGGGUGGCUUGCUCGAUACGCUGUUUUUCGGUCGACCACACAAAAAAGGUGGUCGUGGCGGCUCCGGUAACUACGGAGCUGGUGGUCCAGCCGGUGGAAGCGGCCACGGUGGCUACAGCAUUAAUGGAGGCCGACCGCUGUCUGGGGCGGAAUCUGAACUGGCCAUCCUCGAUGAGCUGAACAACGAUAUGAAGCGUAUGAACGAGGCGGAAGUCAAUCAGAAAUUCCUUGAGAUACUGGAAGACAUGAAUAUCCCAAAGGAUAAGCGCGAUCCACUGUUGCUGAAAUCGCUAGACGAGAAGAAAAAAAUGAUUCUUAUGCACGUGAAAGGCAAAACCAACACCGAACACCGUGCCAACUCGCGCUUCGAGAAGCCCGUUGACUACAUCCAGUAUCUGCGUGACGGUGAGUUCAUCAGCCGAAUUCCGAAAAUUCUGCAAUGCAUGGAGAGUCUGCGGGUAGCGCUGACCAGUAAUCCAAUCAGUUGGAUCAAGGAAUUCGGUGAGACCGGAAUCGACGAAAUCGUGAACUUGCUGCGGCACUGCAAAUCGAACCCUCGUCGAUUUGAGAAAAUCGAAUACGAAUGUUUGCGUUGUCUGAAGGCCAUUAUGAACAACUCCUGGGGUUUGAAUGUGAUUCUAACGCCGGAUCAGCAUGCGGCGGUUCUGCUGUUGGCGCAAAGUGUUGAUGCUGGCAAGCCACACACAAUGUGCGAAGCGGUCAAGCUGCUGGCUGCUAUCUGCCUGGUGAAAGAACGAAACGGUUACGAGAAGGUACUGAAGGCGAUCACCAACGCAACGAUGAUGGCUCGAGGUGGUGAUCGGUUUCGGCCGAUCGUCGAAGGUCUUUUUGUAGAACAUGAUCGAAACUGGGAGUUGGCAAGUAACACGAUGAUCUUCAUAAAUUGUCUGAUUAACACUCCUUCGGAUAUAAACUUUCGGUUGCAUCUGCGGUGCGAAAUGAUGCGUGCUGGGUUACACGAUAGGUUGGAUCAGCUGGCAGAGAUUGUGGAAAAAAGCAGCAACGAAAAUCUGGAAAAGCAUUUCAAAAUCUUCAACGCUUUUCGGGAGGAUGAUUUCGAAGAAUUCAGUAACAGGUUUGACAAUGUUCGAUUAGAUCUGGACGAUAUGCACGAGUGUUUUGAGUUGCUGAAGAAUCUGGUCGUCGAUACCAGCAGUGAACCGUACUUCUUAUCGAUAUUGCAGCAUCUCCUGUUUAUCCGGGACGAUUAUGUUUACCGGCCGGCAUACUUUAAGUUGAUUGAAGAGUGCGUUUCACAAAUUGUACUACACAAAAGCGGGUGUGAUCCGAACUUCGAAAGUCGAGAUUUCCACAUAGACACAUCGACUCUGCUUGAAGACAUGGCCGAAAAAACGAAGCAACUGGAGAUUAAAAAGAGUGAAGAUUUCGAGAAGCGAAUGGAAGAGCUGCAAACUGCUAAGCAAGAAGCCGAAGCUAGAGCAGCUUCACUGGAAGACCGCUUAAAAGAAAUCGAAGCCACCGGAGUGAUAUCUCCUAAAGGGAAAAGCAAACUACCUCAAAUUAAUAUUCCUCCACCGCCGCAGGUGCCUGGAAUGGGAGGUCCGCCUCCACCUCCGCCCCCACCAGGGAGUGGAGGGGCACCACCACCUCCACCGCCUCCGAUGAUGAUGCCAGGAGUUCCCCGACCUCCUCCAAUGCCUGGAAUGGGUCCACCUCCUCCCCCUAUGCCGGGAAUGGGACCGCCUCCUCCACCAAUGCCUGGAAUGAUGGGACCACCAGGUUUACGUCCAAUGGCACCUAUACCUGCACCACUACCACACGGACUGAAACCGAAAAAGAAAUGGGACACUGACGGCCCCAUGAAACGGGCCAACUGGAAAGCGAUUAUUCCACAAAAACUGUCUGAAAAUUCCUUCUGGGUGAAGGUGCAGGAAGACAAAUUGGCAGACGAUGAAAUACUGUCGGGCUUGGCCGCUAAGUUCUCCUCGAAACCAAUGAAACCUGCGGAUAAAGAUUCGGUUGACCGACCGCCGACAUCGAAGAAAAACAUCGAUCUUCGAGUCUUGGAUGCUAAAACCGCACAAAAUUUAUCCAUCUUACUUUGUGGUUCUCUGAAGCAUCUAUCUCACGAACAAAUUCGAACGUGCCUUCUACGAUGUGAUACAACAGUGCUUGGGCCGAGCGUAUUGCAACAGCUCAUUCAAUAUAUACCACCGCCUGAUCAACUGAAGCGGCUGCAAGAAAUUCGAGCUCGUGGAGAAGUUCUAGCGGGACCGGAGGCUUUCGCGGCGACGAUAGGUGACAUCAAGCGUCUAGGCGCUCGAUUACAAAGCUUAAGUUUCAGACUUAACAUGCCAGAUAUGGUACAAGACUGUAAACCAGACAUUGUAGCAGGAACGGCUGCCUGUGAGGAAGUUAAAACGAGUAAAAAGUUUGCUAAGGUGUUAGAAUUGAUCCUUUUACUAGGCAAUUAUAUGAACUCUGGAUCAAAGAAAGAAGCGGCAUUUGGUUUUGAAAUCAGUUUUCUGCCAAAGUUGAGCAGCACAAAAGAUUACGAAAAUAAGCAGACCCUGCUGCACUACAUAGCAGAUGUCGUGGAGAAAAAGUUCCCCGAAGCACUUACAUUCUACGAAGAUCUAUCGCACGUUGAUAAGGCCUCGCGGGUUAGUUUGGACAACAUCCAGAAAACGAUGAGGCAGAUAAACAACUCACUUAAAAAUCUGGAAUCCGAUCUGAACAAUAACAAAAUUCCUCAAAGUGAUGAUGAUCGGUUUAUGGAGGUCAUGGGAAAAUUUGCCAUCGAAUGCCGCGCCCAGGUGGAAGUGUUGGGACGUAUGCUGUCACAAAUGGAGUCUCUGUUCCAGAAUCUGUCCGAAUAUUACUGUUUCGAUCCUGCCAAGUACACUAUGGAGGAGUUCUUCACCGAUAUCAGAACGUUUAAGGAUUCGUUUGUACAAGCACAUGCCGAUAACAUGAAGCAGCGUGACGAAGAAGACAAGAAACGUAGAACAACCGAAGCGAAGGAGCGGGCGCAGCGGGAAAUGCAGGAGAGGCAACAGCGUAAACUGGCCCUGGUGGAUAUCGAUGCUGUACAAACCCAGGAAGGUGUAAUGGACAGUUUGCUGGAGGCUCUACAGACUGGUUCAGCCUUUGGUAACCGCGAUCAACGGCGACGAAGAGGACCGCGACCUGCCGGUGCUGAAAGAAGAGCUCAGCUAAAUCGAAGUCGAUCUAGAACCGGCAUAACAGCCAAUGCUUUCUCCAGCAGGGAAAUGCUAUCGGAAUUGUUAGGUCCAGCGUAAAACGCUGUCCAAGUAAGUUACAACGCAAUGUGCCUGUCUUAUAAUUGUAAUAGUUAUCUGCAAAACAAAAAAAAAACAUGAUCCACUUGUAUCAAAAGUAAUUAUCAGUCCUACAAUCCUGCCUAUGGCUAGGAAUAUUGAUAAAUCUACGGGUGACCGAGAUAGACAUGAAAACAUAUGUUAGUUUCGAUGAAGAUGUGAACGAUGACACUGAAAAUACACAUGCUGUCAGAUUAAACCAUUCCCGAUUAGUUGCAUUGCUAAGCUUGUACAAUACAUGAUAAAACUAUUCAGAACAGUUAAAGGAAUGCUUAAUUUGUCGUUUGAUAAUCAUUUUGUCAGUUUUUUGGAUGCAAAAACUCAUUUGUAUUCGUCGAGAAUAAGUUAACAAUAAAUUCUGUUCAAGCUUUUCGUCGUGUUUCCGGUAAAGCCGGAAUGAUUGCAUCUAUGUUAAUAAAUUAAAGUACUAGGCAUUACAUGUUACAUGUACAUGUUGGUUAGUAAUCCGGCUUUCAUUUGUGAUGAAAUUUAUCUACCAGAAGCUUUCAAACAUUUUUUACAGGCUCAAAAAACCCGGGCACCACUGCGAUAUUUUUAUUUGAUUGACAGCAUGCUAAAUAGUAGUUUAUCCAAGUUGCUAAUAUUUCGGUCACCUCCUGGCAUAAUUAUGCACAAAUAUCCAACACAGCUCAGCCGGUGUAUUCGAAGCAGUGUUGCGUAGUCGAUUUGUUACGCUUACCAAAACGAACAAUAAAUACUAUUGUUGAAACAUGAUUUAUCGACUAAAACUGAGAAGGUUGUUUUCGAUAAAACGGCAUUAAAAAUAUAAUAAAAGUGUGCUGAUGCACCAAAAGCGCAUUAACGCGACUUGUGUCAAAAAUAAACACCACAUAUCUUACAUAAAACUAUUGUAAUAAACAAAUCAUUUGUAUAAUAAAAGGAGCUCAUUUGCGCUUACUAAAAGACAUUUCCAAUGGCAGUAUAAAUUAUACAAAAUAUUAUUUACCGGUUACUGAAAAAUGGCGCUUCUAGUGCUAGGUUCGUAAUACUUUUUAUAGCUCGAUACUAACAAAACGUAAGGCUUAUGGAAUCAGUAUGCGUAUGUUUUUGCGUACAUUUUUACCAACGGCAAAUAUAGUUAAUGCUUCACAUGUACCAUAUACAAGUGAUAAGUGUAUUGAAAUACUUACGGCCCAUUUUUUGAGUAUAUAUAUUUUCUAAAACAUUCUACACACAUACAAACUAUUCUAUACUGGUAGCAGUUUAAGCUAAAGUUACAGAUGUUUACUUUAUUUUACUAGGAAUGUAAAUAUUAUUAAGCAAAUUAAACCAUGUUAUUGCA